UUUCAGCUUUUCUCACCUGGAGUGAUUACAGAACCCCAGCAAGACUCACAAGAUAAUAUAGUCGAAUUUGAUAUUCCUUCUGUGAUAUUGGAAAUAGACAGAGGAAAAAAACUGAGUUGUUCGCACUGUCAAAUAAAAGGAGCUACUGUUGGCUGUAAUAACAGAAGGUGCAGGAAAACAUACCAUUAUCUAUGUGUGACGGAAGCCGAAGGUAUACACGUUAGAGAGGAAGAUAAAGAACUGUAUAUUGCCUACUGUUAUAAGCAUAAAGCUCAAGCUGCAAACAACAACCAGUUGGAUAAAGACACUGAAACUUCUGGAACGCUCAUAACAUCAGCCUGUUCAAACGAAUCACGCAAAAAGAAACCACUGAAGAUCAAAGUACAGAGACAACAUGCAACUGUGUCAAAAAUAGGAACUCAUCAGGAUUCCCAGAAAAAAAGGAAAAAGAAAAUGGAAUGCCGUACUGCAAGGAAAAAAUUGAGAUUUGACAGAAUGGAUGAACCGGAACUGAGAGAAAUGCAGAAAUGCGUUAUGACUCAGCAAUCCAUACAAAUGAAAAAGACAAGGAAGUCCCAGGACCAUCUAGGACACGCCCUUUACAUAUAGAUCUUAUUAUUAGAAGUGAUUCUGAACCUGAUGCAGAAUCAUUGGAGUCAAAUGGUUCCCACGCCACUCAGAUAACAGCCGAACAGAAUGCAGGAAUGAGAGCUGAGUCAGAGAAGAAGCACACACUGUCAGAUCAUACAUAUCAUGAACAAAUGGUAGCACUAGGAACAUCUACACCUUUGCUGCAGCAGAGUCAAGUUACAAUUGUUAUUGGAAGUGAUACUGAAACUGAAGAUGAAUUACCAACGUUUAAUGGUUCUCAACUGGUAUGCAUAAAAAGAGAAGGAAAUACAACUAAUGAUGACACAUCUGUUACUGAUACUCCAUCUAGAGUAGUUCAAGAAACUCCGCCAUCACCUGCUAGUGAAUGUACAUCAAGCUUUAGCACAGAUUUCUCUCGGACCCCAGAAAUAUCGCGUUCUGUCUCUCUCAGUGGUUUUCCAAAAAGAAAUAGGAAGCGCAAACGUAAAAGAAAUAAUCCACAGCUUGAAACUGCUCUGUCGACUAUGCCACCCGAGGAAAGGGAUGCCUAUUCUCAAUUGUAUGAUGAAGUUGGGGGUUCAUUGGCCAUGUCUGAAGAUUUCUCCACAUAUGACUGUGAUGUAAGUCCUCUGUUUUAUUUCUAUUGA